ACACGUGGCAGAAGGUAGGAAGUGAAGGGGGGAGGGGAGCAUGGGCGAGGGCAGAUGGAUGGACGGCGCAUGGGCGAGCGCAGAUGGAUGGACGGAUUCUUCGCUAGAGGAUGGAGGGGGAAAAGCAGCAUUGUCUGGCGCAAAUGGAGGAGGGAAGGGGGGUUGGCGGCUUGUGCACUCGCAUCCAGUCUUAAUGUUUUCAAGGUUCGGCAGUCGUUAAUAGCGUGGGAUCGCGGGAUUUCAUGUUCCGAGGUUUGAUGCCAAACAGGCACUCAUUGAUGACCUGAGGUGGGUUGGCUCCGGGUGUAUGUGUGGGUGUGCGAGCGUGUGUGCCAGUGCGAGUGCGCGUGUCUCGGCGUGUCUGUGUGCGCGCUCACGUGUGUGUGUGUGUGUGUGAGAGAGAGAGAGAGAGAGAGAGCGCAGUGCACGUGUUGCUAUUGACGAUGGUGAUGAUGAUAAUGGAGGUAAAAUUUGGUCAAUGAAGGCUGGCCAGAGAGCGAGGAUGCCGUUCGUUGAAGACUUUCUUCAACACUGUAUGAAAGGCUUAUGAUGGUGUGGGGUGUGAGUCGUCGAGGACAGAUGGGGCGGGCGGAGACACUGGACUCUUCCCAACCUUGUUGUCGAAGGACAGAGGAGGGGAGAGAAGACCGCGGUUCAUGGUGUGUUUUUCUUUUUUUUAACAUUUCUGUUGGUUGUUUUUCUGUUUGUAUCUGACGGUGAGGGCUUAAAUGAAAUGCCGCCUCAUGUUCGGGCGGUGAAAUGUACAGUUCGUGAGUUGAUCAGGACAUGUUAAAUGAGAUAUAACCUGUACAGAGAGCACCGAGGAAGAAGUGAAUACGUGUAAUUGGUUGGAUUGGACUGGAUUGGAUCGACAGCGAGUCGUCCUACGCGUCAAAAAUGGGGAGAGGAGAGAGAGAGAGACUGAGUGGCGGGGGGGAGUGGACACGGACAUGAACUUUCAAGUGCUUCGGCGGCAAGAGGUAGUCGCGAGGCGGGGAAACGGACGGCAGACCGUUCUCCCAUUGCGGAUUCAAAAGUUCCCGGGAACUCCACAGAAGGAGAGUGAGGAGGCGACGAGUAGCUCUCUUGCACACGUUUAAAGCUCUGCUGAAAUUGGGGAUUUCCCAAGCAGAGGUGGAAGCUACCAUGAGAAUUUCUCUGGAGGUGAGUGACACGGCAAAUGCUUGAACAUGUCCAUGGUAAAAUGAAUUUUGGAAAUUCAGGCAGCGGAUAGGAAUCCCGUGAAAGACGCGAGAGAGGGGGAGAGAGAGGUUUGGGAGAGCAAAGAUGGAGGGGAAGGGCCGCAUGGUUGUCUUGGGGUCGCUGUUGUUUGCUUCGGAAGAGAGAGAGAGAGGGUGCACGUGUCAUGGUUUUAUUUUCUCCCUGAGAGAGAGGUAGAGGUGGUGCAAGCGGAGUUGAGAAAGGCGAUAGGGGUGCUGGUGGGCGGAGCCGCGAAGGCAAUCAUGGCGCAUGAUGUGGGAGUGGGUAUACGCCCGGAGUUCUGGUAAGGACGGAAUAUGAUUAUGACGGUUGUGAUGAUGAUUGAAAUGAGGCUGACGAUCGGUUCUCUAGCCGCGAUUCGAACCUUGUGCAGAAUUAGACUGUUGUUGGGGCUUGAAGUUACUGCUAUUCUCUUUUUUUCCCUCCCCUGUCGUAAUGCUUGCUCCCGGAGUGAAUGAUGAUGGGGUCACUUGAAACGACUCUCGGACGUUAUGACGCUGAUUUGGCUAGUUUCGGUUAAUCCAUUACUUCCGAGUCAUGAUUGAAGAUGUACUCAGAUUUUCUGGGUCGAAAGAGAAGAUGGGGGCUCACGGUCGGGCAGAGGCGAGGGCGAGGGCGGGGCCAGAAGAGGCGGCGGAGACCUUUUUGGUCGUGCGAUGUGCUUAACUUUGUUUAUGCUGUCUUUUUCUUUGUGAAGAACGGUCUCCGUUGCCGUGGCGUGAAAAUGUAAUUAGACCUUUUUGCUAGUAUGACGUAAUCCACCUUUUUAUGCUGUUUCUUCUUGUCAAGAUCGAGUCUCUGUUUUCAUGAAAAAAAAGAACAAGCAAAAGUCGCCUUUGACGUGGCGUGGUUUGAUUGGAUGGGGUUCGACUCGGAAAUCCGAGGCGU